CAUACGCUAUUGGCGGUCUUGGCAGUGCGCCGUCGACCAUUGGUGUCAGCUGGAGCGUUUCGUCAGAUGGUGUCGUGAAUCCUGUAAAAUCACAUCGAUCAGUGAACGACGGAGACCGAGUCAAGAUGAGCGGUGGUAUGCCAGAGCUGGGCUCGAAGAUCAGCUUGAUCUCGAAGGCGGAUAUUCGCUACGAAGGCCGCUUGUUCACCGUCGAUCCGCAGGAAUGCACCAUUGCUCUAGCCAACGUACGCUCUUUUGGUACGGAGGAUCGGGAAACUCAGCUUCCUGUGGCGCCACAGAAUCAAGUAUAUGAAUAUAUUCUGUUUCGCGGAUCUGACAUCAAAGACAUCAGAGUCGUCAACAAUGUUAGUUCUAUUCCAAAUGAUCCAGCUAUUGUGCAGAUGACAGUGCAGCCAUCUAUGGGUCAGCAGUCGUAUCAACCGCAGCCCAAUUAUGCUCAUCCAAUGAUGGGUCAGAUGGGUCCGAUGGGUGGCCAGUAUGGGCCUCCUUAUGGCAUGGGUAUAGGGGCCAUAGGUCCGGUAAUGGGAAUGCCAACCGCAGCUAGAGAUCCACGCGGAGCAAUUAAUAAACAGCCAAGUGAGUUGAGCUUGGGCUCUGCUGAACCCAAUGCCAUCUCUAUCCCAAACUCACUGCCAACGGCCAAUAUCGACCCAUUACCAAAAGAUCAAUGUCUGGAAGAUGGUGUAUUAGAUCUUAUCAGUGGUGGUUCUCGUUCUACCACUCCUACAUCAUCUUUAUUGACAAGGAAAAGUCCGACAAUGGAUCAAGGCAUACAGGUGGGACAUGAACAACAAUCGCAGCAACAAGGCAGCAACAUUGGGAAAUUGAAUGACAAGUCAAACAUUAGGACUGUCCAGCCACCUCGCCGAGACCAUGACCAUGGUCACGGAGGCCCCAAGAUCAAUACCGGCAUGUCUCAUCAGUUUAACGACAAGAGAGACAUGAUGAAGCAUGAUGGUCAGAUGCAUGGUCAAGGCGGUCACAUGCAGGGUGGUCGAGGUAAUCGUGGCGGUUGGAUAAAUCGUGGUAACAUGAGAGGUAGAGGGGGCAGAGGACGCGGUGGUUUUCGUACGAAUCAAGUGGGCAACGCUGGUACCAAGCCGAAGAAUACACUGAAGUUUGAUAAUGAUUACGAUUUCGAGCAGGCCAAUACUGAGUUUGAGGAAUUGAGGUCACAGUUGGCGAAAACGAAGAUUGAUGGUGCUGACAAUGAGAAGAAAGAUGAUAGUGGGAAUGAAACCGGCGCAGGUGAAGGUGAACCAGAAGAGGAACCUGAAAUUGUCCACUACGAUAAGUCGAAGUCUUUCUUCGAUAAUAUUAGUUGCGAAGCUGUUGAGAGGAGUAAAGGGCGAUUCCAACGUACGGAUUGGAGAACGGAGCGGAAGUUGAAUUCGGAAACGUUCGGCGUGGCUUCCACAAGACGCGGAGGAUUCCGUGGUCGUGGCUACUACAAUCGCGGAAUGGGAGGCAUGUACAGAGGUGGCGGCGGUGGCAACAACAUGGGUUUUCGCGGUGGCUACCGAGGCAGCAGGGGCGGCAAUCGCAAGCCCGCUAACCAGCUACAAAGUAAUACGGGGAGUCAAAAUCGCGUGACCAACGAACAGUCCGCCUCUCAGUCGCAGGCAAACGUUAUCUAAACGAAGGAGAAAUAUAAUUGGUCACCGGUGCGGCGUAAAUAAGUUUAAGUAAUAUGCCCGGAGAGGAUAAGCGAUGCGCUAUUAUAUAUAUAUAAGUAUUCAACUAGAUUAAGAUUUUUACGAUACGUGCUCUACCAUUAUGGACUGAUUUGGGCUAGAAUUUCGCAAUCGAAUAGCAGAGGUAUACGCGGCCGGAUUAAACGUAGAUUAUAUUAUGUAACAGAGCGCGCGCGCACGCGCGUUUGGAAUCGCCGAACCGGUGAGUUUGUAUGUGGGCUAGCUGACAAGAAUCGCACAUGUGGACAAUGCUGGCGCAUAUGACACUUUGCAUUGAUACUUUGCGGCUGAGGAACGGUCGAGGAAGCUACUUUUAGAGAAACGAAUUUUUCUUAUCACUUAGUCGACAAUGAUCACGUUGAGUUGAGAAAACACCUUCGUCAGGGAAGCGAAGUCAAUUACGAGAUAGAACGAUGUUCCUUGUUCUUUUCUUCUGUUUUUAUAUCGACACUUAUUUGUGGAUCGAGCAGUGGCGCGAGAAUCUGGGAGGAAAAGAAUUGCCUGUGAGAAACUACUCGUAUAUUUUACUCGGGGUAUAUAUGUUUACUGGUAAAAAUUCUUAAUGGAAUAAUAAUCUUCGAGUCACUUUGAGAGGAAUAGAGGAUCGGAGUGACGUGACCCGUUUGUAAUUAGAUUAAAAGAAAUUGUACAAUUCGAUCGUGAUCAUUUUUCCAGUCUGGUUUUCUCAAGACUUGACUAUAAUAAAAACAAACUAAUUGUGGAGUGGCUUUAUGAUAAUGAUGAUGAUGAUAAUAUUGGAUCAUCAUGGAGGAUUUUACCUUCAGUUUGCACCUCGUUUCGGUCCCAUUGUCAGUAUGGAGCGACCGAUUCGUGUCCGAAUAUCGGAAGUAAAUGAUAAUAGGUGUACGUAUAAAAGUACUUUCUCGUCAAAGUAUGUAAAAAUCGAUUGUAUCUAAUUGCAUUUGUCGAGAAUAGGAAUAUUGUGAGAUACAUGGUACAAGGAAAAUGCGACAUAAAAAGUGUUCUUUUCUUUUCUUUUGGUUUUUUUUUUGAGUACGCAGACGAGGUUCUUUGAGUCUUCGGCACGAGUUCACGUAAAUAUGUAAUUUUAUUAGGGGAGAUGAUUAUGAGUGUGGUAUAAUAAGCGAGGAAGCCAGUUUAUAUAUAUAUACAUAAAUCUUAUAUUAUUAAUUUGGAAUCCUGCGAUUCGCGCUUACUCUUUCUUUGCGAGAUCUGGAUUUAGAAUUGUGGAAGGUGUAAGCGUCAGUCUUAUUGUUGUACGUAGCUAAGUUCGAAAUCAUGUUACACAUUUGUCAUCGUGUUUUGCAACUAAGGAUUCCUCGACUGCUCUCGAACACAAUUGAAUUUUUCAUUUGCCGGGAUUACAAAUUUGUGUCCUGCAGGAUCGAUAAUCUAUUAUACUAAAUUUGCAGUUUUUCAUGUUAAUUAAAAUCGACAUUUCUCAUAAUUACUUGUAAUCGUAAACUGAUGUUUUAUUAGCACAUUUCUUUUUUUUUGUCAGCUCCGACUAAGAUGUAAUAUACAUUCAAAAGGAAAUUGGGUAUUCAACGUACAUGUAUGGGAAAAGGAAAAAAUAUUUAAAUAAUUAUUUAUUACUCGAUAUAAUUAUGAUACUUGCAACCAGAUAGUUACUUGUGUAAGAUAACGAUCAUACAUGUAUAUUCAAGCGAAUUCGUGUAAUUGAUCCGAGUUUACUUUUAUCAACUUAUUCAGUUCUGGUCUUGUAACAAGGACAUUACUCCGCGUACACAAAGAACUGGUACGCGAGGAACUGGAGUUGCAUGGAUAAUUCGAGAAUUGAACUCGUGACGAGAGUCUUUGCGAACGCAUGAAAAUAAUCAUCGUGAUAAAAACCGUUCAUGCUUUCGAAGAAUCCUUUUUGAUGCACGACGACGCUGCGCGUAGAUUGUGUUAAAUGGCGAUGCGAGUAUAAACUAAACAGCAUGAUGUCCUUAAAGAUGUAAGACGUGGAUGAAACAGAAUAAGAAUAUUAUUUGCGACUAUUAUUUUUCUAUGGCUCGUGCAGAGUCCCACUCAUACAGAUAUUAUAUACAUACAUACAUAGACACAUACACACAUACAUGAUUUGAGAUUUACAUAACUGAUAAGCAAAGUCCUCGGAAGGGGCGAAAAGUAAAAAAAAAGGAUCAUAGAACUAUAAAAGUGAGAUAAGCGAGUAGAAAGAGAUACGAG